GCUGACCGUCCUGUAUGUCCAAUCAUUGCACAGGGUCGUGAUUUUAACACGUAGGCUAGUCGAGUUGGCUUCCAAGUAGCUUUGUACGUUUGACAAGUACGAGCUAGAAAAGGGUCGCCAAAAUGGCGAGAAAGAAAUAAUUCUAAUUAUUUAUCUGAAGUAGACAAGCUGCGAACCGCGAGAAAUAGCGUUUGUGUACAGUUAUGGCAUCAAAUAGGUUUACCGGGAGAGUUCCUAAAUGGGAACGAGGAGCUCGCUUUGGACUUUGUGUAUUCGGUUUGGUGUUGUCGGUGUAUGCCUUGCAUGUUGAGGUUUCACGAGAGAGAGACCCAGAAUACCGUGCGAUGUGCGACCUCGCACAGUCGGUCAGUUGCUCCAAGGUAUUCACUUCAAGAUGGGGGCGUGGAUUCGGCCUCGUUCAACUUCUUGUACCAAAGGACAGUGCACUCAAUCAGCCUAACAGUGUGCUGGGUAUCAUAUUCUACACAUUGCAGUUGGCAUUGGGUCAUUCAGUGUCCAAAAGGGCAGCAUUGUUUCUGGUUGUUUCAUCCUGGGUGUCUGUGGCUGGCUCUUUGUAUCUAGCAGCAGUGCUGGUGUUUGUUUUAGGCGAUUUCUGUGUGGUAUGUGUCUCAACUUACCUGGUCAACUUCGCCUUGCUGUACAUUAAUCUGAAGAGAAAGGUGGGCCUGGAGGAGAGCAAGGAGAAGACUGGCUAAUAGUCACAUGCUUGUUAGAGAAAAUACCAAAACACAGGAGCACAAACAUUAUGACCAUCUCAAGCUCAAAUGUCCAAGUUGGUUGCAGAAACACUUGAAUAGCUACGAAGAAUGAGGCUAUUGUACAAAAUAAUGACCAUAAAACCAGAAAAGAUGUGCAACACAGAUUAUUCUCAUUGACAUACCACACAAAGAAGCAAUUAAAUGCUGAAUACUUAUACUCCCAUUAGAUCAGUAUUAAAGAUGAGAAGUAUUUCUUUUACUGAAACAUGUCAAGUGAAUAAUUUUAUGUGAAUAAAGGUGAUAAAGGCUCUAA